AUGGAGGAGGCCCGAAUCGCCCGAAAACGGGUCUAUGAGGCCAGAUACUACGUGCAAGGGCCGAUGCACACAGACACCCUGAUGAGCCUCGAAAAGUUGGCUUUAGUCCUUGCGAAGCGUGGGGAGCUAGUGGAGGCCGAGCAGCAGGCCCGAAAGGCCUUUCAGCUCCGGGCGGAGAAGCUGGGAGCCAGCCACAUCGACACCUUGCGGUCAGCGCGGAUCCUCGCAGGGUACCUGCGUGACCUGGGCUCGGAGCAGCAGCAGGCCGAGGCCCAGGCAUUGCUCCAGGAGGCCAAGAAGGACAUGCAGCAACUGCUUGGCCUUGAUCACAAUGAGACGAUCGCUAGCCAAGAACUGUUGGGCAAAGUGCUGGCAUCUCUUGGCGAGCUUGACCAGGCAGUGCGAGAGCUUGAGCAGGUCGUGGAGCUCCUGUCCAAGACAGCUGGGCCGAAGAACUCCCAGACCUUGGAGGUCAUUCAGACCCUGGCAUCUCUCAAAGAGUCGGCUGCUUUGCAAGGCCGAGGCUCAGUGAAGCGGUUGGACGACUCA